UCUACAAUCAGUUAUAAUUCCAAGACCAGGUACCAUUAAUGCUUAAACAAAGCUGAGAUAGACAUCACAGACGACUGCCAGUUUUUCAUUUAUAUCUAAAAAAUGCACGUGAAGGUGCAGCUUCUCCCUGCUAUCCUUUUAAAACUCAUACUGCUGACAGACUUCCUGUUUGGCCAGAACAUCUGUGAUAAUGGUUCCUGUCAUCAGUCUAUUGGAGACCUGCUUGUGGGUCGCAGUGAACAGCUAACGGCUUCAUCAACAUGCGGACUGUUUAGCCCUCAGAAGUACUGCAUUAUUGGCUACCUUGAAGAUGAGCAGAAAUGUUUCACCUGUGAUUCUAGAUACCCAUAUCAUCCAGACUUCCAGGCCAACAGUCACUUAAUUGAAAAUGUUAUCACAACUUUUGAGCCUGAUCGAAAGAAGUGGUGGCAGUCUGAAAAUGGUAUUGGCCAUGUCAGUAUUAGGCUGGAUUUAGAAAACUUGUUUCAGUUCAGCCAUCUUAUCCUGACUUUCAAGACAUUUCGGCCUGCAGCAAUGUUGGUGGAGCGCUCCACAGAUUAUGGUCAAACCUGGAAGGUAUUUAGGUAUUUUGCACAGGACUGUGCUACUUCUUUCCCUGAUAUUCCUUCAAGGCCAGACAGAACUGUUGGAGACGUUGUUUGUGAUUCAAGAUAUUCUGAUAUUGAACCCUCAACUGAAGGGGAGGUUGUUUUCAAAGCUCUGGAUCCCAGCUUCGAAAUAGAAGAUCCUUAUGCCUCAUACAUCCAAGAGCUCAUUACUUUUACAAAUCUGAGAAUAAACUUUACUAAGCUUCAUACACUUGGAGAUACUUUACUUGGACAAAAGCAGCACGAUCCCUUGGAAAAAUACUACUAUGCACUUUAUGAGAUGGUUGUUCGCGGUAGCUGCUUUUGCAAUGGUCAUGCUAGCCACUGUGGCCCUGUGCAAAAUCUGAGGGGUGAUGUUUUCCAUGAGCCUGGAAUGGUCCAUGGGAGCUGCCUCUGCGAGCACAACACAGAUGGUUUGUCCUGUGAAAGAUGUGAAGAUUUCUACAAUGAUGCUCCCUGGAGACCAGCAGAAGGAUCACAGGAAAAUGCUUGUCAAAAGUGUGAGUGCAAUGGUCAUUCUGAAAGCUGUCACUUUGAUAUGGCCGUGUACCUUUCUAAUAACCGUAUCAGUGGUGGAGUAUGUGAAGAUUGCCAACAUAAUACAAUGGGACAGCACUGUGAUCGUUGCAAGCUUUUCUUUUAUCAAGACCCACAGAGGGCAAUUUCAGACUCUCAUGUGUGUAUCCCCUGUGACUGUGACCCAGACGGUACGUUGUACAAUGGGCUGUGUGAGGAUCAUACAGACCCAGGUCUUGGAACUCUUGCUGGCCGAUGCCACUGUAAGGAAAAUGUCGAAGGAGUUCGUUGUGACAAGUGCAAGCCAAACUUCUAUGGGCUGAGUGGAAGUGAUCCUCUUGGCUGUCAGACGUGCAACUGCAACCCUUCUGGAAGCUUGUCUUUCUCUACUUGCAACCCAGUGACUGGAGAAUGUCUGUGCCAGCAGUUUGCCACCGGGCAACAUUGUGAGGAAUGUCCUCAAGAAUAUUGGGGCCUUGGGAGUAAUUUAUAUGGAUGUUCUCCAUGUGACUGUGACAUUGGUGGCGCCUACAAUAACUUGUGCACACCUACUAAUGGUCAAUGUGACUGUCUGCCUAAUGUUGUGGGCCGUCAGUGUUCUGAACCAGCUGUAGGCUACUUUUUCUUACCAUUGGAUUAUUAUAUAUAUGAAGCAGAAGACUCAAUGCCACUUCCUGGAUCUUCAUCUUUGGUUCAACCCACAGCUUUACCAUGGUGUGAUGUCUAUUUUCGGCAACAAGGUUAUGAUUUCAGAAUGGAAAAUGGAAAGAUAAUCUUGAACAGGAAUGUGAAACGAGGCAUAAGAACAACAACAGUUGGACAGGGUCCAGUUCUGUUUAGCAGGAACACUGUUCUGGAUAUUGUUAUUAGAGAGUCUGUUCCUGGAAAACCUGUGACGUGGUCAGGGCCGGGUUUUGGACGAGUUCAGAAUGGAGCAGGGUUAAGAUUUACGGUGAACAACAUCCCUUUUCUGAUGGAUUUUAAUAUCAUCAUUCGCUAUGAGCCAGAGUCUUUAGAUGACUGGAUAGCAAGCAUAGCUGUAAAGCCUUCGGGUAAUAUUGGAAGUGGCUGCAGGAACAAAGAAGCCCUACAAGAACCACAAUCACUUGCUCUACCAUCUACAGCAAGAAUUGAACUGCUACCUCGCGCUGUAUGCUUAGAACCAGGAACAGAAUAUUUUGUAGAUGUCUAUUUUUCCAAGUCUUCUGCCUCUGAUUCAAAGACUCAGUCAUCUAUAUUGAUUGAUUCACUUGGACUCAUUCCCAGAAUCAGUUCUGUGGAAAACCUGUGCAACAAAAAUGAUUUAGAAGAGUAUCAGCAGUACCACUGUAUUGAAAUAGCUUCAGAAAUUGGACCCCAUAUCUUCCCAGAAGCAUGUGCAAAACUAAUAACAAGUCUGUCUGCCCGUAUUCACAACGGAGCAGUUCCCUGCAGGUGCCAUCCACAAGGUUCAAUGAGCUCUGACUGCAAGAAACUUGGAGGCCAAUGUCAAUGCAAACCAAAUGUCAUCGGCUACUGUUGUGAUAAAUGCUCAGCUGGAAGCCAUAGCUUUGGGUCCCAAGGUUGUCUUUCAUGUGAUUGUCAUCCUCAAGGAUCAGUGAGUGCUCUGUGUGACCAGGUGACAGGGCAGUGUUCAUGCCGGCCAGAAAUACGUGGCCGACAGUGCAGUCAAUGCCUGGCUGGAUAUUUUGGAUUUCCCCAUUGUCGCCCUUGCCCUUGCAACGGCUUUGCAGAACUUUGUGACGCACAGACUGGAGCAUGCUUGAACUGCAGAGGGUUUACUGCUGGAGCCAACUGUGAAAGAUGUGUGGAUGGUUACUAUGGAAACCCUCUCAAAAGAGAGCCAUGUCGUCCAUGCAUGUGUCCCGAUUUGCCUACAAGCAUUAGGUACUUUGCACAUUCCUGUUACCAAGAUCCUUGGACUUUGCUAUUGGUCUGCAACUGUUUUGUGGGCUAUUCAGGUAAUCAGUGUGAUGAGUGCUCCAGUGGGUUCUACAGGAAUCUAGAGGCAGUAGCAAGCCCGUGUCUUCCAUGCUCCUGCAAUAACAAUAUUGAUGUGAAUGAUCCUGAUUCAUGUAACAAGGAUACUGGAGAGUGCUCAAAAUGCUUAUACAACACGCAUGGACCAAACUGUGAGUUCUGUAAACCUGGUUACUUUGGAUCAGCACUUCUUCGGAACUGUAGAAAAUGUAACUGUAACUCUUUGGGUGUGAACCCGGUGAAAUGCUCAUCCGGAAAUGGCUUGUGUGUGUGUGAUCAGACAACUGGAAUAUGCCCUUGUGCACCUAAUGUGGUAGGCGCUGAGUGUGACCAGUGUGCUUCUGGCUGCUGGAACAUGAUCCAGGGAACCGGAUGUCGCAUCUGUGACUGCAAUCCAAAGCACUCCCAAAAUAACUUGUGUGAUCAGUUUACAGGUCAAUGUCCAUGUAAAUUGGGCUAUACGGGAAGACGUUGUGACACAUGUGAUGAAAAUUAUUUUGGUGAUCCUCAAAACCAUUGUUUUUCAUGUAAGUGUAGCGAUCAUGGAACUCUGACGCCCAAGUGUGAUAAAGACACUGGAGCAUGCAACUGCCGUGUUGGGGUCACUGGAAGGUUCUGUGACCAAUGUGCCCGGGGUUACAACCAGGAAUUUCCUUCCUGUUCCCGCUGUCACAUUUGUUUUGAUCAGUGGGAUAGCAUCACUACUUCCCUUUCUCAGAAAAUUCAGAAAUUAAUGAGAUUUGCAGCAACACUAGGAGAUAAGAGAGAGACAAUGCCUGGCUGUGAUACAGACUUCAAAGGCCAUGAAGACACAAUUUCUGAAAUAGAAAGAAUUUUAAAAAGCCCCACCCUGUUGCCAGAGGUGCUGUUGAACUUAAAGGAGGAUCAUGACUACAUUCGACAAAAAAUGUCAAAAAUCUAUCUGCAACCUGAUUUUCUGGAUCAGUUCCCUGACCUCAACAGCUUGAUAGAAGACAUUAGGAAAGAUGCUGACCGUCUGUAUGAAACUAUGCAAAAGAAGACUGAACUGCAUCAAAAGAUGAAUUACGUGCAUCUCCAAGAUUUCCUCAACAAAAUAAAGAACUAUUACCAAAUAAUGUUGUCUGCUGGAGAGAAAAUCAAUGGAACAAAGUCUGUCAUAGCACACGGAGGAAAAACCAGGAGCAAUACGCUUACCAUGUUAGACGAUCUGGCUUCAAAAGAAAGUGCUAUACUUGAACAGCUAAAGACAUUCAAGACUUCAGAUAUUCAACAUCUAAAUGAAAAGAUAUGCGGGUUACCAGGAAACUUGCCUUGUGUUGUAGCAGACUGUGGUGGGGCUUUAUGUCGAGAUCACCAAGGAAACAGACAUUGUGGUGGUCCGAACUGUAAUGGAGCACUCCCUAUUUCUAGAAAUGCUGUUGGAGUAGCUGGUCAGACGGCCAUGUUGUUAAAUAACUUGACCAUUCAAAUGCAAGGAUUGGAGAAUAAGAUUGAAAGUAUUGGGAAAAUUACAGAGGAUACCAAAAGGAAAGCCUUGCAAAUCAAUGGAGAGCUGGAGAAAAAUAAAAAUCAAAUAGAAAGGGAAGGAAAAAACCCCAAAGAGCUCAUAAAGAGAUUGAAGAACUUUCUAUUAGAGGAGAGUGCCCCACCAGAAGACAUAGACAAAGUUGCAAAUUAUGUCGUAGGCAUCAGUUUGCCAGGGACUACCCAAGAGCUAACAGUGGUGCUUGACAAACUCAAGAACCUUAUGACACGCUGUGAGGGCUCCUCAACAUAUGUGAAUGAGUUAAAUAAUCAAAUGGAAGAGGCACAGGAACUUUUGGUGAAAGCACAAGAAACUGAGAAAGUAACAAAAGAUAUCCCAGUACCUGAUGAAUUGAUAAGCAGCUUGAAAGGUGUGGAAGAUAUUCAAAGGCAAACCAUAGAUGACUUUGCAAAGUUAAAUGGAAAAAUAGAAGAAACUAAAACAAACAUCUCAGAGGCUGGGAACAAAAUGAACAAGUCUGAUGCUGAAUUACAGGACUUUUCAGAAAAGCAGUCAAAGCUGGAAAAUGAAAUAACUUCCUUGAAGAUUAAAAUGCAGAUGAAUAGGGGCCAAGUAACAAAUGCAAAAUCUGAGUCAGAGAAAGCACAGAAUCAAGCUAUAGCAACUAAUAAGGAAUUUGUAAAUCUUAAAAAAGAAUACGCCAGCUUACAAGAAAAACUCAAAGCCAAAGGCCUUCCCCUGGAAACCUUAAAGAAACUGAACCAGUUGAAAAAUGAGGCUGAGAAAUUGGCUAAAGAGACUGAAGACAAAAUGAAAAGAAUAGCAGAUUUAGAAAAUAAGAUACAAGAUCUGAACCAGAUUAAACAAAAUAAGGCUGAUCAGCUGAGACAACUGGAGGAUCAAGUCAUAGCCAUUAAAAAUGAGAUUACUCAGCAGUCAAAUAAAUAUGCUACCUGCAAAAGUUAAGAGUCUAAACAUCUAACAAUAUAGUCGUUAGUCAACAAAGAGCUUUUCAGAACAAAUUCAUAAUGAUGAACAUUUUAUAAAUUGUAUAAUUGUAACAUCUAGGGUGGUGGUGUGUGGUUUUCUGUUAUUAAUGGAGGGGUGUAGUCUUGCUUGUUGUGCAACUAAAUGGAAGCCAACUUGGUACCCUCCAGAUGUUCUUAGACUACAACUGCCAUAAUCUCAGAUCAUUGGCCUUGCUGGGUAGGGGACUGAUGGAAACUCCAGUCCAACAAUCCCCGAAAGGCACUAGUUGGCUACCCCACCUUUCUAGUAAUCAGAAACCUUUACUCAAACAACCCUGUAAUCAUCAUUAUAUGUUUAGAAAGAAAGGGAUAAGCCGGUCUUGCCAAGGAUGAUUGACUCUCUCAGCUUAUACCAUUUUCUGAGUCACUUCAUUCUUAUGCAUUCUGCUUUUGAGCAGAGGAACUCAAAAUCCUCACCAUCACCACCACAGUUGAUUACCCCUGGGGCUUUGUUGCAUUCAUUUGCACACAAUGUGUAGCUUACUGUUAAUUAAAGGUUUAGGUAAGUUUAGGGGUUGCUAUAAUAGGACAUGUGAUGAGGUAAGCAGGCCCUCAUGUAAAAUCUAGUUCAGUUAGCAUUUAUAAAUGGCUCCACAAGUUCUGUGGGUAUCAGAAUGGUACAAAUACGGCACAGUUGUUUUGAGACAUAAUUCUAAAACAGGAGUGCAAAUAAUCUCUGCAGUGGAGUCAUAUCUUACAUUGGGGUUAGAUUCUAAAGGCAGCAGUGCAUAAGACUAAAAUCGCGUAUAGUCAAAAUUACCCUUAAAAAUCCCUUAAAUAGUCCAUAAAGUACAGUACAAAAAAUACGUCUUUAAACACUGGAAUCACACUCAGCGCAGUGAGAUGCUCAUGCUAGGAGAGGCAGACAAGAACUGAGACUGACAGCAGAGUCACAUCUCACAUCAACAGGGGGAGUGCAACCCUGUUACUCUUGGUCUCUCAGCAGCUUUUCAGACCAUUGACCAUGGUUUCCUUCUGGGCUGACUUGGUGAGAUGGGUAUCGGAGGCACUGUUUUACAUUGUUUCCGACCCUAUCUACAGUUUUCAGAGAAUGAGAUUGAGUGAUUGUCUUUUGGCCCCCUGGCAGUUGUGCUGUGGGGUGCCGCAAGAUACCAUCUUGUCCCCCAUGCUGUUUAACAGUCAUCAGGAGAUUUGGGGCAAGGUGUCAGCAGUACACUGAUGAUAUCCAGCUCUAUUUCUCUGUAACAUCUGAAUCGGGAGAGGCUGUGCAAGCCCUGGACUGCUGCCUGGACUCGGUAGUGGGCUGGAUGAGGGCCAAUAAACUUGAGUCUGAAUCCUAGCAAGACGGAGGCACUGUGGGUUGGUGGUUCCCGAGUUCAGAUAAUUGGUCAGUUGCCUGCUUUGGAUGGAGUCGUACUCCCUCUGAAAUAACAGGUCCGUAGUCUGGGGGUGUUCCUAGAUCCAUCUUUGUCACUAGAGGCCCAGGUGACCUCAGUGGCUAGGAGUGCCUUUUACCAGCUUCGGCUGGUGAGACAGCUGUGGCCGUUUCUGGACCAGGAUAGCCUGACCACUGUUGUCCACACUCUGGUAACCUCUAGGCUGGAUUACUGUAAUGCACUCUAUGUGGGGCUGUCCUUGAGGCUGGUCCGGAAGCUGCAGCUGGUGCAAAAUGCGGCAGCGAGACUGCUCACUGGGGCAGGGUAUCGCCAUCAUGUGACCCCACUGCUGAAAGAAUUGCACUGGCUGUGCAUUUGCUACCAGGCCAAGUUCAAGGUUCUAGUUUUGGUGUACAAAGCCCUAUGCAGCUUGGGACCAGGAUACCUGAAAGACCGUCUUACCCCUUAUAUACCCAGUUGAUCACUGCGCUCUGCAGGGGAGGGCCUCUUGCAGAUACCAUCUUAUCAGGACGUCCAUUCUGCGCAACAUAGGAAACAGACCUUUAGUGUGGCGGCACCUACCUUGUGGAACUCCCUACCCUUAAGUAUUAGACAGGCACCAUCUCUGUUAUCUUUGGCACCUAUUAAAGACCUCCCUCUUUUAACAAGCCUUUUAAGUUGAGACCUUAUUUCAGUCUGCUUCUGUGUUGGAAUUGCUUUUUAAUAUGUUUUUAAACUUUUUUUAAAAAAACUAUGUUUUUUAACCUUUUCUUAAAGAUGUCUACAAAGCUUUUAAAAAUGUUUUUAACGUUGUUUUGUUUUGAUGUAUUUUAAAGUCUGUUUUUAUGAUGUUUUAAAGUGUUUUUAGUGCUUUUGUUUGCCGCCCUGGGCUCCUGCUGGGAGGAAGGGCGGGAUAUAAAUAAAAAAAAUAAUAAAUAAAUAAAUCUCCCAUCUCACGCUCACUUUGGGGCAUUAGCUCAUUGAGUGGAAUGGUGGGAGGAAUCGACCACACUAUUGUUAUUUUUAUUGUUUUUGCCGAGCACAUAUACAGUAGUUGAAUUUGUGAAAGUUAAAUGCGCAUAUGACACGACUCCAUUGUACUUAGAAAACGGCAAGUCGUAAAGAGUCGUUUGAGCAAACUGUCUUUUUCUGUGUUAAUGGUAAGGUAGGACCCAGACCUGAAGUGGAAAAGAGUCUAGCAGACCAAGUUUAUAUUGGUUCCAGAUCCCAAGAAUUCAGUCUUGCCCCAUGCCCCACUUCUGUUCACCAUUCCUUUCCAGAGCAAUUAUAUUGCCAGGAUCUCACCAAAGAGCACUGUAGAUAGUGGCCUGUUGGUGGGUGGGACUGAAUAAAAGAGUUAUGUGCUAAUCCAUGACCACUACUGGAUCAAUACUUUGCAGAGAUGGUGGUGCUGUGCUGCUACAUUGUUUAAAAACUUAAGAAUUGUUUUCCUCUCACACACUAGGUGGCAGCAGAUAACUAUUUAAAAUUCCCUCCCAUCUCAGAAUGACCCAGACUCGCCAUAUUAUUAUUCCUUUUAUAAAAAAAGUAAGUUAGAUAUUAGGAAUGUAGAAUUAUUAUCUCUGUUAGUAUUAAUUAAUGGAAUCAUAGAGGUGAAGCAAACCAGAGUACUACUACAUGUCAGGGUGUUUUAGCUAUUAAAGGCCUACAGCAGGGGUGGCAACCUGUUGUUACUGAACUACAACUCCCAUCAUUCCUGGCCAUGGGAGUUGGAGACCAGCAUCUACACCGUCAGAUGUUAGCCACCCCUGGCCUACAGCAUAUCCAAGUGUGCAAUCAUUACCAAGGGCAGUUCAUACUAGAAGCAGAUUAAUAAUUAUUAAAUGAAAAAUAUAGCAGCAUUUUUGGAACUGGGCUUGCCAGCAAACUUAGCUGCAUGCAAAGAAACAGCUAGGUCAGCUCACUCAAGAAUUGGAGUGUUUCAGGUUAAAAGCUAUGUCAAAAUCAUUCUGUACCCUCCCACUCUCUCCCCUCUGCCCAUAUGCUCAUUACCUCCAUGUAGAGAUGGCUACACAUCAGUACAGAAGAAAGUGUGAGUCUGUAACAUGUGCACCAUCAUCUGUACAAAGUAAUAUGUAACUUGAGCAUACAUCUUACAUGCACAAUAUCUGCUGAUUUACAUCACCCUAUCUCUAUCUUGAGAGCCAGUGUGGUGUAGUGGUUCAGGUGUUGGUCUACGACCUGGAAGACCAUGGUUCAAAUCCCCACAUAUAGCCAUGAAGCUCACUGAGUGACCUUGGGCCCAUCACUGCCUCUCAGCCUCAUCAAAACCCUAUUCAUAGGGUCGCCAUAAGCUGGAAUCGACUUGAAGGCAGUACAUUUACAUUUUAUCUCUGUCUUGAUGUGAUAAGAUCCUGCUGGGGCAGUAUCAUGUAUACAGAAUAAUUACAUGCAUAAUCCAAGUUACACUUCACUUCAGAAUGGCCAGUGUGAGAGUACUACACCUGAACAUUGCAACUAGUAAAUAAUUUUAUCACAUUGAUUAAUGUGUAAAGCAGCCCAUCACCUGUUAUGCAUUGUUGUUAUGUGACUUCAAGUUUAUUACAACUUAUGGCGACCCUAUGAAUC